CAGCAGGUCGUGCCGGUGUGGGAGCUGUGCGGGGAGGUGAGGCAGGCAGCCGGCGAUGCCGUGCAGCCUCUGCGGUGGCCCCACCAGCUGGCAGGCCGACUGGCUGCCCCCCGUGUACUGCAGCAGCAGCAGCUCCUGCGUGCGGGAGGCGCCCAGCAGCAACUUAUGGCUCCUGCCGGGCCCCCCCGGCGCCACGUGGGCGAAAAGAGGGGGGGCCUUCAUCAUGUGCGCCCACUUCAGCACGGGCACCAGCGGCAGGCGCUCGUCCAUCAGGUACAGGGCGAACUGGGUGGCGACGAGGUGCUGGCAGGGGUGAGCCCUGCCCAGGUACAUGGGCAGCACCACGCGCUCGCCCUGCUGGCAUCCAGCUUCCUCGCCCACCUUGAAGAAGUCGAAGUGGCAGCUGGCGGGGGCCCGGGCGUCCAGGCACUGGAUGCCGGUGCGGUCGGCGCAGCUCAGCACCCGCGGGUGGGCGGUGAAGUCGCUCCAGCGCCAGGGCGAGUGGUCCCGGAAAAACAGGGUCUGGGGGUCGUGGCGGAGCCGCUGCAGCCCCGUCUCGACGCUCCAGAGGUAGACGGCUCCGCUCUGGGUGCAGACGGACAGCUCCCCGGGGAGGUGUGGGCUGACGGUGAGGCAGGAGGCCGGCACGUCGGUGCGGAUGACCUGCAGCGGGCUGGGGGCAGCGCCUGCCCUGCCCGGCACCCUCCAAACUCCGCAGUGGUAGUCGGAGCGGACGCCCACAAAAUCUUCUCCAUCCACCCGUGCGGCACCCACUUGCCGGAUGCGCCCGUUGAGCUCAAACUGCGCCGGCGCGCCUCGGGCACGGGGCUGCUCCUCCAGCACCACGUCCUGGAAAUAGAGGUGGUUCAUGGCCACCCCGCCGGGGUAGACCAGGCGUCCCGCGCGCCCGCUCGCCUCCUGGGGGGGCAGCCAGGCCAGCGCCCCCCCGGUGGAGCUGUCGUCGAAGAGCAGGCCGGCCCACUGCAGCAGCAGCUCCUCGUGCACGCAGUCGGCCAGCAGCCCCAGCGGCACCUCGAAGAGCCAGUCGCGGCACAGGUGGGAGAACCAGCGCAGGCGGGGGACGAAGUGACGCCGCGGGCAGCCGCGCCUGGCCUCCAGCCGGUUGAGCUCCUCCACCAGGGCUGUCAUGCGGAUGGUGGUGUCCCGAGAGUGUCUCCUCAGCUUGGAGUCACCCAGGUGGAAAUUCUUGUGCAGCAGCUGCCCCAGGGAGCCGAAGGCGUCCUCCGGGUGAUCCACAAAGAAGUGGCCCAGCUGCUUGGUGAAGUCCAGCGCGUCUCCAGACCUCCCUGCCUGCAGCUUCCUGCGCAGGACACCGCGGUACAGGAUGUCCCGGGGGACCAGAGGUGGCAUCCAGCAGCCGGCGUUGGGCGGCAGCAGGGGCCCGGCGGCGGCUUCGCAGGGCUCCCAGCUCUCGCCCUGCCGGCUGCGGCGGGGCACGAACGGCGGCUGCACCUGUACGGGGACAGAGGCAGGGAGGUGAGGGCGGCACCGGUACCCCCAUCCCCGGUCACCCCCCGGUCCCCGGUCUCCUCUCACCUGCCCGGUCCCGGCCUCCAGCACCUGCCCGUGCUCCCCCCAGCCGGCAGCCGGCGCGGGGCCGGCCUCGUCCCUGGGGGGGGCCGCAGCCGAAGUAGGCGGGGAAGAGCGCGGCGGGGAACUCCAUGGCGGCACCGGAGCGGGGGGGUACCCGGUACCGGGGGGGGGUGUGCCGGGUACCGGGGAAGGGGGGGGGGGGGGGCGGACCGGAGGGGGUGCCCGGUACCGGAAGUUCCCGGUACGGGGAGAAGGCGGUACCGAGGGGGGUGGGCCGGGGGGUGCCCGGUACCGGAGGUGCCCGGUACCGGGGGGGGAUUCCCGGUACCGGGGGAGGGCGGUAGAGGGGUGCCCGGUCCCAGGGGUUCCCCGUCCGGGGGGCUCCCGGUGCCGGUCCCGGUGCCGGUCCCGGUGCCGGUCCCAACCCCGAUCCCGGUCCCGGUGCCGAACGCGAUCCCGGUCCCGGUCCCGAUCCCGAUCCCGGUGCCGAUCGCGGUCCCUCUCCCGAUCCCGACCCGAGUCCCGGUUCGCGCCACCCACCCCCGCCCCCCCCCGCCCCGCACGCGGCCCGAGCGCGCGCGCGCGCCGCCGGGAUCUCCCCGCCCCCCCGCCGCCGCCGCACCAAUCAGCGGGCGUGGCCGGGGCGUGGCGCGCCGGGUGACGUCAUUCUCGCGGGCGCGCGUCGGGUCUGGCGGCGGCGGGGCGGCAUGGGGCGGCGGGGCGGCGCGGGGAGGGGGUGCCGGGACCCCCUCGUCCGCCCCCCCGCUGCGGCCGCCGCCGCUGCUGCUCCUCCUCCUCUUCCUCCUCCUCCUCCUCGUCCUCCUCCUGCCGCCGCCCGCCGACGGGCUCUUCGUGACCGACUACUUCACCCGCACGCCGCGGAAGCUCAGCCCCUUCCGCUCCUUUGCCAGCAUCGAGCUCUUCCACUUCCACAUCCCCGAGGACACGGUCAUCGCCGUCUGGAACCUCAUCACCUUCAAGGAGCAGGGCGGCACCUUCGGGGACCACUGCCCGGACCGUAGCAUCACCGUGUAUUUCCGCUCGGGGGCUCCCUCCGUCAUCAACCCGCUGCGCACGCACUUCCCCAGGGACACGGCCGUCCCCGGCUCCUUCGCGCUGACCCUCACCUGGACGCUGCCCAACCGCACCACGGGGGUGUUCAACGUCACCAGCCCCCUGCCCGGGGACUGGUUUUUGGCUGCCCACCUGCCCAAAGAUGAGGGGAAGAUCUCCGUCAAGGGUCUCUACGAGGAGUGCCAGUACCUCUUCCAGCCGCAGCUCAUCGUGCAGCGCCUGGUCAACAUCGCCGUGCUGUACCCCGGCUACGCCUCCGAGCAGAGCAUGGGCCCCCACAACCGCUCCUGCCUCUACAAGGUGUUCGUGCCCAGCUACACGUCGCGCGUGCUGGUGGAGGUGCUGCGGUGCCGGGGGGCCGAGGGCUGCCCCCUGUGGCUGCGGGUGCGGGCCAAGGCCCCCCCGCUGCACAACUCCACGGCGCUGGACUGCCGGGAGCACGCGCCCUGCCAGCUGGCGCUGGACCUGCCCUUCUGGCAGCACUGGUACUACGUGCUGGUGGAGAGGCACCCCGGGGCGCCGGGCGCCGUCUCCUUCCAGGUCAUCGUGCAGCUCACGGACUGCUCCCGCCCCAGCCUGUCCCGGCCGCCCUUCCUGCCCUCCAGCGCCUCCAUGAACAUGCCCCACUCCUUCGGCUCUGCGGGCGGGCUGGCGCUGGGCGACAGCCCCCCUCCCGCCAGCCCCAACGGCACCAAGCGCCCGCUGGCCUCCGCCCCCACCGCCGCCGGCGAGCGCUGCUGGCCCGUCCGCCCCACGCUGCGCAACGAGCUGGACACCUUCUCCGUCCACUUCUACAUCUUCUUCGGGCCCAACGUGUCGGUGCCGCCCGACCGCCCCGCCGUCUUCGUCAUCAACCUGCUGCCGGUGCUGGACAGCGGCGGGGUGCUCAACCUGGAGCUGCGGCUCAACGUGAGCUCCCUGCGCGGUGAGAACGCGACGGUGUUCGGCUGCCUGAACCACGAGGUGCCGCUGGCCUCCGGUGACAACGCCUCGGUCACCUGCGAGACGGAGUCCCUGGCAGGCUUCCUGCUCUCCGUCAACGCCACGGCCAGCCUCAGCCGCCUGCGCAUCCCCUACCCGCAGACGGGCAGCUGGUACCUCAGCCUGCGCUCCCUCUGCGCCGCGGAGCAUGGGUUCGAGCCCUGCACCAACGUGACGGCCGAGGUCUACCUGCGCGCCUACCUCUCGCCCUGCAUCAACGACUGCGGCAUCUACGGGCAGUGCAAGCUGCUGCGCACCAACAACUACCUGUACGCCGCCUGCGAGUGCAAAGCCGGCUGGAACGGCUGGGGCUGCACGGACAACGCCGAGGCGUUCUCCUACGGCUUCCAGCUCCUCUCCACGCUGCUGCUCUGCCUCAGCAACGUCAUGUUCGUGCCUCCCGUGGCCAUCGCCGUGCGCAGCCACUACCUCCUGGAAGCCGCCGUCUACAUCUUCACCAUGUUCUUCUCCACCUUUUACCACGCCUGCGACCAGCCGGGCAUCGUGGUGUUCUGCAUCAUGGACUACGACGUGCUGCAGUUCUGCGAUUUCCUGGGCUCCCUCAUGUCCGUCUGGGUCACCGUCAUCGCCAUGGCACGGCUCCAGCCCGUGGUCAAGCAGGUGCUGUACCUGCUGGGGGCCAUGCUGCUCUCCAUGGCCCUGCAGAUGGACCGCCACGGGCUCUGGAACCUGCUGGGACCCAGCCUCUUCGCCUUGGGCAUCAUGGCCAUCGCUUGGACGGCUCGCACCAUCCGCCGCCGCCACUGCUACCCGCCCACCUGGAAGCGCUGGGCUUUCUACCUGUGCCCCGGGGCGCUGAUCGCGGCGGCCGCCGUGCUGCUCUACGCCUUCGUGGAGACGGAGGAGAACUACUUCUACAUCCACAGCAUCUGGCACCUGCUCAUCGCCGGCAGCGUCGGCUUCCUGCUGCCGCCCCGCGCCAAGCCCGCCGGGCGCCUGGGGCCGCUGCCCCGCCGCAAGGGCUGCGGGUACCAGCUCUGCGUCAACGAGCAGGAGGAGCUGGGGCUCGUCGACCCCGCCGUCGCCUCCAUCAACAGCAUCUGCACCAGCUGAUGCCGCCGGCUGGCGGAGCGGACUCGGGGUGGGGGGGGGGCGGCACCGGGGGCCGCCCAGCCUGUCCCCGGAGCGCCAGGACUCCCGUGUGGCUGCAGCCUGCUGACGGUCCCCGCGGCGCAGCCCCCUUUUUCGCCACCCCGGAGCUGCCCCUCCUGGCACCCCGCACGUGGCUGUCCUCAGCCCGGAGCGGUGACAUCCCUGCCGGUGCCACCGAGGCACUGGGAGGGGGCGCUGCAUGCACUGGGACAACCCCCCCCCUCCUCCUCCCCCAGCUGCGUGAGGGGGAUGCUUGGGGACCCUUGGGGGUCCCCAAGGGCUGUGCGACAGCCAGGGUGAUGCUGGCAGCGGGGCAGCUCCUGGGGCUGCUGCUCCAGCGCCCCCCCCUGCCAUGAGCCAUACCCUGGGGAUGGAGCCCGGCGCGCUGGGAUUUACGGGAUGCCUAACGGGAUUACCAGCUGCAGGCGGGCGGGCAGCUCCCUAAUAGGAUUGGGAUCUAAUUAAACCUGCUCCCCGGGAGCCAGGCCCCGGCCGGGGGCUGCGGGGUGGGGGGGGGCAUCUGGAGGGGAUGAUGGGGAUAGGAUGGCGAGGCUGCAGCCCUGCUGGGGCCAGCGAGCCCUGUCGAGCCAUGAGGGCUGCUCAAAGGGCCCCGGGGGCUGACGGCAGCCAUCCAGGAUAUCGUCCUCCAGCCCUUCCCGCGUUGGCCAGGCUGGUUGAGGAUUAAUUUUUAAUUAAAAUCGUUGCUCACUUCA